AUGGCGUCCCCUGCACCACGAAAAACGCACAGAUAUGCUACGCCGCGUCCCUCAGUGACGCCGCCCAGACAGCGGCGCAUGGUCAGUGCACGCGUUGCCGGCACACCCUCGAGGCGCACCGAGGACAUCGCUGUAGUACCAGACGUCAUGGACGUCGAUGACGUGCAAAUGUAUAAUGAACGGCCGUUGGGAUCAGGGAGGGAGACGCUGUACGCGCGUACCGACGAGAUCAGCGUUGCUUUCCAUGCUGCACUCCCCUUUGAGGUCAGGCGCGAGCUGAAGGGUGCUGAUUUCUAUUCUCAAUCCUGGACCGGUGCAGUCGACGCCAUCACGGGAUACGCCCUUGCCGCGUCCUCGAAUACCUGCUUCGUCUGGCAGCACACGAAACCCACUACAUGCUACAUCCUCCCGUGUCCGCCUUCCUCUCAAGACUACGCACAACCAAUAUUAACACCACUCCACGCUCUCGUUCCAUCCAGGUCACGCUCCGAACCUGGUCUCGUCCUUCUCUCACCUCGUGGUGAUAUUCGUUUCUGGGACAGCAUAGCCAGCGGUCUCGCAGGUGGCGGCAGCUUUGAAAGCAUCAAUCUCGAGCUGGGUGAGGGUGAGUAUACGUCUGGAUUGCUCAGGGUUGACGGUCAAAUAUACAUCGUGUCUACCUCACAUGGACGUCUAUUCAAACUUACGCUCACGUCUCAAGGCGGGCGGCAUACACUCUCAGCCAGGCUCUUUGCACCGCCACCUUCUUCUGGGCUCUAUUUUGCACGCUUCUGGUCUACACCUGCCCCCCAGCCCACGGCGGGGAGUAUAUCUGCACUCGCUCUUGGUUCUGGUGGUGGAGAGGUAGGAAGGGGUGCAGUAGUGGAGAAGGAACUAUGGACACUCAGCGAGACUCGCGUGCAGAGGUGGAGCUUGAAUAAGGAGGUUUUGUUGGGAGAAGUGGAUGUGCGAGAGGCGAUGGGGAACGUGGAAGAUCUAGAGGGCGUUGAUCUGGGCGUAGAGAGCGACGGCACCCUCGUUGUCCUUGUCUCAUACGCCGGGUCCGAGCAGGAAACGGCUGCGAUGGCCCUUGACCAGUACGGUGGGUUCGGUAUGGGCGCACCAGUUCCGAGAAGGAUAUAUGCGCUCGUCAGACUCAGUGCUGUCACAAAGCGGGGUGAGGUGGCGAAGUUUGAGGGAGGAAGUGGAGAUGGAGGUGUGAUUGAGGGCAUGGGCGGCGGCAUGAAGAUAGAAGGCAUUACAGGGGUUCCAUACGCUACGACAGCUGCAUCGGCACCCUCUCAUCCUCGUCUGACACUCCUCGGGGGAGGCACAGUCGUAGCGAUCCGAUUCGUAGACGUGGUCGUGUUUUGUGCUCGGGACUCUCCCUACCAAGAUCGCCUCACCCUAAAAGCCCCUCACGCAGAUCAGAUGCUUGGACUCGGUGUGCCCCCAUCUCAACCUCCAGUGCACUCUUUUCCCGCAGAACAGGAGCAUGAGGAAUCAGCGCCCGAGGACGUGCUCAUACUAACAGCAGGCGUCCUUAUGCGUGCUCGAGUGGAUCUGGGGAGGGUUAACAUAUUCAAUGAAGCAACCGGUCGCGCGAUCCUCAUCAGAGCACUCCUCACACAGGCCAUACUUUACGGAAGCAACCCCGAAAACCCUUUACAUUUCUCGUUCCCGCCCGAGGUCGAUGCGGAAGCGCUCAUGGCAGGCGCCGAGGGGUUAAGCAGGGCGGUCCUAGAAAGCGACCCGGAGAUCAUCCGCCCAAAUCAUGACCUCACCUCUCAACUCACCUCUCGAAAAGAUAGGCUCAGCUGGCUCAUACGAUUCAUCAACGACAAUGCAGCGCUUGGGAAGAUGUCGCAGCGCAGCCGCCAGCGUCUGGCUACUGAUGCGGAAAAGCUUUAUGGAUGUCAUCAGCUUUGGUUGAAGAUGAACGAACAUUUAGACGCUGGUGCCUCCCACUCGCUCGUCACUGACGCUAUCCACGCAUUCACAACCUCCCACCCUCUUUCACAUCCCUCCGCUUCGCACGAUGUUGUCAGAGACUUUUUCAGGUACAGAGUAGCGGAGAUCGGGCGGCUGAUUCCGUUCAUGGUCGAGCGGGUUGAGAGAGUUGGGGAGGGAGCCAUGAGGGAGGUUGGAGGGGCUGUUGUUACGAUCCUGCAAGCGGCACUCUCGUAUAGGGCGUAUAAUCUUGCUGUUUAUGGUGUUGAUCUGCCUAUGAUCAAGCCGUGGACAAGUCGCCCGAGCGCGAUUGAUGGGGUGUUAAAGCUUGUAGACACAGCAACGAGAUUUGCCCUCGACCCGAGCAAAGCGAACUCUAAAAGCGCAUCGAGAGAGCUCCUUCCAGAGCUCGCGACGAUGUUCUUUGCCCCCAUAGCAGCAGACGAACCUGGUUCCGAGAGGGACCACAUAGAGCUCAAAGAACGCUUUGACCAACUCCGCCCUGAGAUCCUCGAAACCCUCCGUCUCAUCUCAUACCUCCCACAUGCUCUCACGCUCGCCGCAUCCCAUGCCGACUUCCGCUCUCUCGCAGCUCUUCUGCACCAAGACACAGUCUACCCGCCCUCUUCCAAUCCGCACGCGCACACGAUCGCAGAGUAUGUCGACCGCUUUGGGGGAACGUUCGCGAGGGAGGUGGUGCGGUGGUGUAUGGUGCAUGGGGAAGCGAGGGUAGUGUUUGCGAUGGAGGAGAGUGGGAGGGGUGAGUGGGGGAGGUAUAUGGAUGAGUAUUGGGCAGAGGAGGAGCAGCAGGGGGGCAAGUGCGAUGCGGUUGCGUGGCUGAGGGAUUUGGGGCAGGGGCGGUGGAGUGUUGCUGGCACGAGGCUAUUGAGAGAGGCGAACGGCGCGGGAGAUGUGGGUGUUAAGCAUUUUAUGCUUAGUGUGGGCAAGCUUGCGCAUUUGGCGCAGAUGCAGGAGGGAGGGGAGGCGGAUGAGGCGGUAUUAGAUGCGUUGCAUGAUAGCCUGGAUUUCAUAUCGGUGCAGGAGAAAUUACUUCAGGAGUUCCGGGAAGCUGCCAGCAGCCUGAGGGGCAAGCAAAAACAGAGUCUGGACGCGCAAGUGGAUGCGGUGAUAAGGGCAAAAGCAGCGAGACUCAAGGCAGAACAGAAGAACGGGCUGCUUGGGAUAUUGAAGAUUUUUGUGAGGCGAGUGCUCCAGGGCAAGGCACUCAGCGUUGAAGAUGUGGUGGACGUACUCACGCUGCAAGAUAAUGCGGAGGGCGUGGAGGAUUAUGCUACUGCGCUGCAGCUGCUCGCUCACGCCGAGGAUAUUCCGGACGUGAGGAGACUAUCAUCGUUCAGAAGAGUAUGGUGUAGGAUAUACAACAAUGAUGACUGGGACUCCAUCCGCGAAACUGCCAACAUUACCGACGCCCAACUGACCUCGCGCUUCCGUGCAACCGCGCUCUACGCCACGCUCAGCAUCGUCUUUUCCUCGCCCCGAUUAUCUCAACUACCCGGUGUUGACCUGGACCCAAGCGAGUGCUUGUCGGUACCUUUGAUGCCGGAGAUCAAGUCCCGUUUCCCAGGCAUACAGGAGGAUAUGGUAGGUGACCUUGCGAGAGAUUAUAGAGGUGAGAGCUCAGGAGUGGAAGGAUUGAGAUUGGGUGACGUGUACCAUCGUCUGAGAGAUCUUGUGAUGCAGGACCUAGGGUAUGCAAGAGAGGGAUAG